CAGUCGAUCGAAAGGCGCGUACGAGGGUCGAUCGACCCUAAUCGGACGAGUAACCAGCCACCUGUCUAAUAUUUUUCUUCGGGAUUCUCUUUUUCUUUUCUUUUUUUUUUGUUUUCGUGUAAUUUUUUUUCUUUCUUUUCUCUUUUAUUUUCUCUCUCUCUCUUUCUCUCUCUCUCUCUCUCUCUCUCUCUCUCUCUCUUUCUUUUUCUCACUCAUUUUCUUUCUCUUUCGUCAAAUAAGAUUCUUUAUUGGUACUUAUAUCUAACGAGGAUAUUACUGAUCUAAAGAAUCAAAGAGGAUUUCGAGUAAUUUGUCGUGUCGUGAAAAAAAGUAGCAGGGUGGUUGGUACUCACCAUAUACAUAUAUACAUAUAUAUAUAUAUAUAUAUUUCUCUUAUUCUUCGUAACGUAAAGAAAAGGAAAGAACGAAUAAGAAGGAAAAUCAUCGUCGUUGACUAGAAGCUGGAACGAUAAUAUCAAGAUGCUGUCGGCUUGGAAAGUAUGCUGUAUAUUUAUAUGAAUGUAUGAGAAAAAAGAAGAAAAAGAGGAAGAAAAAAUGGAAGAAGAAGAAGAAGAAGAAGAAGAAGAAGAAGAAAUAGAGGAAGAUCUAAAAGUGCGGGAGUACCGCAACGUUUGGUAUUUGCCGUGAUGGGCUUUUUUGCGAUCUUCAAUGCCUACGUCAUGAGAGUGUGCCUGUCGAUCGCCUUGACGCAAAUGGUCAUACCUAGUAAUAAAACAACAAAUGCCUCGCUCGACAAUACUUGUCCUGUUUUUCAAGAAGAUCAACCAGUAGAGCAGAAACUAUCUGGCACUUACGAUUGGAGUGUAGGACAACAGAGCAUGAUAUUGUCUUCAUUCUAUUGGGGAUACAUACUCACUCAUCUGCCAGGAGGUCUAUUGGCUGAGAGAUUCGGUGGAAAGUACUCGCUCGGUUUAGGAAUUCUUUCUACCGCAGUGACAACACUUUUAACACCGGUCGCAGUCGAAUGGGGAGGAGCCACUGCACUUACCAUUUUACGUUUCUUGAUGGGUCUCGGCGAGGGUACGACAUUUCCUGCAUUGAACUCGAUGUUAGCGCAAUGGACACCUCCGGAAGAGAGAUCGAAACUUGGCUCGUUGGUAUUCGCUGGUGCUUUACUCGGCACAGUUUUCGGUACUUCCGUUUCCGGUGUGAUUCUUCAAGAUUCACUGAUUGGUUGGGCUGCGGUUUUCUAUGUUUUUGGUGCGGUAGGUGUAUUAUGGUUCAUUAUGUGGAUCAUAUUGUGUUAUAACAAUCCGGACGAGCAUCCGUUCAUCUCCGAACGCGAAUUGAAAUAUUUGCACGACCGAAUGAGCGCUCAUACACAUAAGAAACCACCUUUGGUACCGUGGCGACACAUGUUCACGUCAGUGCCAUUUUGGGCUUUGGUAGCCGCUCAAGUUGGUCACGAUUGGGGCUUCUUCACGAUGGUCACUGAUCUCCCAACGUACAUGAACAACGUAAUGAAGUUCUCGAUCAAGAACAACGGUUAUUUGUCCUCUCUUCCGUAUCUCUGCAUGUGGAUUUCUAGUUUAAUAUCUUCCUGGUUGGCCGACAAGAUGAUCACAAGUGGAUUUAUGUCACGAACGAACGUACGAAAACUCGGGACGACGAUAGCUUCCAUUGGACCUGGUAUUUUCUUAGUUGGGGCAUCCUACGCCGAAUGUGACAGGACCAUUGUCGUCGUUAUGUUUACCAUCGGAAUGACUCUGAUGGGUACUUUCUAUCCCGGCAUGAAGGUAAACGGACUUGAUCUCAGUCCGAAUUACUCCGGCUCGCUGAUGGCUGUGGUUAAUGGAAUAGGUGCUUUAAGUGGUAUCUUUACACCUUACAUCGUAAGAGCACUUACGCCGAACGAAUUGAUGACCGAAUGGAGACUCGUAUUUUGGGUCGUAUUUGCUGUUUUCGUUGUUACCAAUUUAAUUUUCGUAUUUUACGCGAGCGGAGAGGUUCAAUAUUGGAAUGAUCCUGAAUUCGUAAGAAGAGAUAGAGAGGAAAGGCGGCGUAAACACGAUAUUGAGAAACAAGAGAAAGCAGGAAAGAUAUCGUCGUAAUCACAAAGCGAUGAGAAAAUGAUUCUUCGUCGAAAUGAUUUCACUCUUUUAAUUCUUUUUUCUUUCGUCUUUGUUUUUUUUUUCUUUCUUUCCUUCUUUUUUCUCUUCUUUUUUUCUUUCGUCAUUUUAAUUUUAGCAAAAACAAUUGGAUCUCCUCGUGUCUUCAGUCGUGCGAUCAUACUCUUCUUCAAGUAUUCUCUUUUUCUUUGUCUCUCUUGUUCGACACGACGAACGUCAAUCGAAUCGAUCGAUUUUGGAUUUAAAUUUGAUUAGAUUUGAGUACUUACGAUUAAAACAGGACUGAUCUACAGUUCUUUUAUAUAAUUCAAAUUUCUUUUAUAAAAAUCGACUAUCUGAAGUUUUCUGUCAUAAAGAUUCAGAUUUCGAUAAUUUCUUGAUAUCGUGUAAAGAUCUUACAAAUUUCUAUUUGACCAAAUAAUUUACAUUGAUUUCAAUUGAAAAUAUUCAUUUCGAAGAAGGCAGUGUUCGAAAGAACGAUUUCGCUUGAAAAAAAAAAAAAAAAGAAAAAAAAAUUAUUUUUCUUAUCAAGAGUCCAAGAAAGGGAGACUGAUAACACGACAACGGGUGCUAUUGAGAACAUUGCAAUUGUAAGAUUUUUUGUUUCUUUUUCCUUUUUUUUUUCCUUUUUUUUUUUAUAUCAUACAACAGACAUUCAGCGGCGCUCUCAUUUUUGCGUGCUCCCGUUCAAUGCGAUAAUGUUAAUUAUUAAUUAAUUUUGACGAACGAUCUUGCGAAAAAGAGAUCGGCAUAUGCGUAAUUUUAUUAGAUUAGUAUAUAUCAAUUACGGUUAAAUAUUAUUCAUUUGAAUAACGCCGUAAAAGAAAAUUGUGCAAUGUAAAUGCAUUAAGAUGGAUGUUAAUUCGUAGCGAGUUAUUAUCUUAUACACAUGGUUACUGGGUAAUGUCGAUUCGAAUUCUAUAUGCGUCGUAAUUCGUGUAAUAACAUGCUUUCACUAUGUUGUGUUACGUGUUUCGCGCUUUGCUGCCUUUCAUUGCUCCUUCGAAAUAGCCCCGCCGCAAAUUGCAUUACCCAAUCGACGAAUUAGCAAUGCAAAAAACUCGAGCUGCGAAAUACAAAAAUGUUAAAUUUCGGCGAUAUUUGAAAUAUUUUAGGAAUGUACUUUAUAUGUAGGAAUUAUUUAAUGUAUAUGCAGAUAUAUAUAUAUAUAUAUAUAUAUAUAUAUAUGCGUGUGUAUAUGUAUAAAUUACGAAAAAGUACAAAGAAUACCUUUGACUUUUCCGAGACUUGUAAAUAAAACAUGCAUGGUGAUAUUUUGUAUAAGGCAUCGAGUUGGAAGAUUUUUCAACAAAAAAAAAAAAAAAUAAAAUAAAUCAAGAAAAAAAAAUAUAAGAAUAAUAAAAUUCUUCAAUCAAUUUGUUAAUUUGUAAUAUCGGAAA